AUGCAACCGGACGGCACUGUGACUCGACCAUGGAACCUCUCACCCAUCCACAGAAUAGAGGAUUUGAAAAUCCUAAUUGCAAUUCUACCCAUGUUCUCUGUCAAAAUCUGCAAUUCAAUUACAUCACAGCAAUCAACAUAUGCAGUUUUUCAGGCCCUCACAAUGAACCGAAAUGUGGGCUCCUCAAGCAUCAAAGUGCCCGCAGCUUCCAUCCAUGUUGUCUCAUCCUUGGUGGUCAUUUUCUGGCUUCCACUCUACGACAAAGUGUUGGUUCCACUUACCAGGCGCCUCACAAAACAAGUAAGAGGAAUUACACCACUUCAAAGAAUGGGAGUAGGCUAUGUAUUUUCAUUGAUCUCAAUGUUAGUUGCUGCUUUAGUUGAAGUGAAGAGACGAAAUGUGGCCAAAAGCCAUGGCCUCACAGAUGACCCAUCAGCCAUAGCUCCAAUUUCUGUGUUUUGGCUUGUCCCUCAGUUUUUUAUACAGGGUCUGGCAAAUUGCUUUCAUGUAGUGGGUUCUCUGGAUUUUUUCUAUACUGAGUUUCAACCCAAUUUGCGUAGCACAGCUAUAGCGCUUUCCUCCAUUAUGUAUGCGGUGGCGGACUAUUUGAGCGUCUUUAUGGUCACGCUUAUUCACAGAUUGACGGGUGGUAAUGGGAAACCUAAUUGGCUUGACAGUAACAUCAACCGUGGGCGACUAGAUUAUUUCUACUGGCUCUUGUUGGUCAUGGAGAGCAUCAAUGCUUUGUAUUUCAUGUUGCUUGCAUAUUUCUACAAGUAUAGGGAGAAUUUUGUGGUGGAUGGCAGUGAAACGUCUGAUGUGUCUGAUGGCCAAGAGAUGGUGUCUAAGAAUAUAAAAAUAUGA